GCUGUAACCAAUAAUAAGAAGCUAAAUGUUGUUCUUUCUUCCUCCAAUAAUUUCAACGUCCACCACAAAUCACCCCCGUUGCUAACGUGCGCACGACCCUACUCCCAAGUCUAAAAACUAUCAUGCGCUCGUUUUCUUUAUCGUUAGCUGACCUGUAAAGAACCCGCGCAUUUUAGCAUAUCACUCCGGACUCUUGGAAACCCCAACAAUUCGAGCUCGUUGACGGAGAAAGUCUCUCUGUUUUAAUCUGCCAUCGAAGAAGCUUCUCCAGAUUUUCGUCGGCCAAGAAUGGAGGAAAUCGUUCAGGAGGAUGCAUAUAAUCAAGGUGAAGCCUUGUGUAGUAAGAGUGAGGAGGAGCAAGAGAUAGAUGUGAUGUUGAAGAUGUUGACAAAGCUUGAGAUAGACUCGGCUUAUGCUAGUGAAAAGCUUCUGAACCUACAUGUUCUCCUUAUGCACCUUUUGGCUUGGGACAAUGAUCUUGAAGGCAUGGGGACACUUGAUUCUUCUCCAGCAUCGUUUGAGAAGGCUUUGACUUUCGAUCUGUUAUGUGGUAUAUUGGAGUCUCAAUUAAAAGAGGUAGACGAGGUUUUGGAUGAGCUUGAAGCCCAAAUCGUUGACACGUCUUAUAAGUUAUCUUCUUGCAAAGACGCAAACUAUAUAGUUAUGGAAGGCAAGUUGGGUGAAUCUGCAGAAUCAUUGAAGCAGUCUAGAGGACAAGUCUCGGAGAUCACUUUGCAAUUAGCUCAGCUCCGAAGAACACUUUAUUACAUAAGAAAUGGAACAAGUGAAAACGAGGAGUCAGUGGAGUUUUCAGGAAACAGUCGAGACUUGAGGCAUAAAUAUGCGCUGAGACCAUCGGAUUUAAGGCAUAAAAACGCUCUGAGGAUGCUGGAGAAGUCCUUGUCAAGAGAGCUAGAGCUUGAGAAGAAGUUAAUGGAGUUCCAGCAAAAUGAAGAACAGCUGAAACUCAAGCUGCACUACACAGAGGAGGUAUCUUCCCGGAUGGAGGAAGCAUCGGAGUUUAUAUGGGGAAGGUUUCUAGAGGCAGAGAAUUCCUCGGAGGUGCUUAUGGGUAUCUCAAAGGAACUUGUUGGUCGUCUUCAGAUUUUCCAGUUUAGUCAGAAUGGGUCAGCACAACGGGAAUCUGAACUUAAGGCUAAGCUUGAAGACUGCAAUGCACAACUUGUAGCGAAAGAUCUUCUUGUGCAGAAGCUUGAGGGAACAAUUGCAGAAAGCAGAGAGAUAGUCUCAGAAGUGCUCACCUUGAGGGAACAUGUGAAGUCAGCUGAACAAAAGCUGAAAAAUAUGGAGCUUGAGCUGAGAAGUGUCAAUGCCUCUAAACAAGAAGUUCUGGUACACCUUGCUGAAAUGGAAAACGCAAAUGAGUCGGUCAAAGAAAGCCUUUUCGAGGCUGAAAGCAGAGCUGAGAGUGGAGAAACUAAGAUCAAAGAGCUAACUGCUGCAAAUCUUGAACUUACCGAGGAACUAAGUUUUCUCAAAGAUGCCGAUGACAAAAAGACAAAGAAGGUGAAUUCGCUGGAGAAGCAGGUCAGGGAGUUAGAAGUCCAGUUACAAAACUCCAAGGUAUCAUCAGAAGCAAGUCAAGAACAGCAGAACAUGUUGUAUUCAGCAAUAUGGGACAUGGAGACCUUAAUCGAAGAUCUCAAAUCUAAAGCCUCAAAAGCUGAGAGUAGAAUGGAGACAGUUGAGGAGCAAUGCAUUGUGAUUUCUACCACAAACUCUGUUCUUAACAAGGAAGUGACCUUUUUGAGGCAAAGAGUUAAAUCCUUGGAAGCAACAUUGGAUCUAGCAAACGAUGAAAAGGAGAAAAACGCACAAGAAAUAACUAUGAGGAACAAGCUUUUGAUGGAUAUGGUGAUGCAAUUAUCAAGUGAAAGGGAACGUAUACAAGAACAGGAGGAUGAGAGAACAAGGGAAGAACAAGAAACUGAUGUUGAACUAGAGGACCAUUCUACAUCUGAAAAGAGUGGCAUGAACACGGAGAUCAGAAGGGGAAGCAACUUGACACGUAUACCAGUUUUGGCUGUAGCUUUUGUGAUGUUUCUUUCAUUCUUUGCUUUGGCUGUUGUUAAAGGAAAAAAAUCUUCAAUUUGAAAAUCAGUUUGUCUUUUGGUUGGCAAUAGCAUUAGCCAUUUGUACAUUGUGUUGUAAAUACUAUAUUCUCUUGUAUUUAUUUCUAGUAAUAUUGUAUGAUGUAUCUCAACUGUUGGUUUAUUUGCCUCUCCAAAGACAGAAAUCAAGAAAUUAUUAAUGUUUUUCUUAAA